AUGUCUUUCCUUUAUAAGCAUGUCCUGCUCAUUGGAGCCACUGCUGGCAUUGGUCGUGCCAUGGCCGAUCGACUGGUUGAAGCUGGCGCCAAGGUCACAGCUGUUGGUCGUCGGAAGGACCGCCUGGACAAGUUUGUUCAGAAACAUGGAGAGCAAAUGGCCAGCGCAGUUCCGUUUGACAUUUCCGUGCAGGAGAAUAUCCCGAAGUUUGCAGCUAAAAUCAUCGACUCGUACCCCGACGUGGACUGCCUUUUCCUCAACACAGGAAUUCAACUCCCCUUUGAACUCGACGACCGGGGCCAGUUCGAUUUGGAGCCAUUCAACAAGCAAAUGAAUGUCAACUACUCUAGUCUGGUCGCGUUGACGCAUGCCUUUCUACCCUUUCUGAUCGAGAAAAAGAGCCCCACCAGUAUCAUCUUUACCGGAUCGAACAUGGCUAUCGUCCCAGCUGCAUCUACGCCAGCAUAUUCGGCAUCUAAGGCUGCAUUGAACGUGUUCACCUUGUGUCUCCGUGAUCGGCUGCAGAACUCCAACGUGGCGGUGAUUGAAAUUUCGCCCCCGGUAGUGCAGACCGAGUUACACCACUAUAAACUGGGCAUGCCUCUGGACAACUUUGCUGACCUUGCAUUCAAAGGUCUCCUUGCGGGACAAGACCAUAUCGUUAUAGGCAGUAUUGGGCCUGCUGAGAGGUUCAAUGCGAUUGUCGACCAGAGGCGCGCGGCGUCUGAGGAUUUGGCCGAGACGAUGAGCGCGCAGCAGAAAUAG